AUGGCAGACGGCAGACGGCACCCCCACUUCCUUCUACGCCAUCUUCGGCCCUGGUUCUGCACAGUAUUGGUGUGCCCGUCCGACAUCAGGCCCAUCGACUCGCGCUUCAUUGAUGGGCCCCCUCUCCUGGUCGUUGGCACUACAUCAAACUAUACCCACAAGGGAGUUCCAUCCCAGCGCAACGGCUCUCCAACAUCUCUAUCUCGUAUUCCUAGUACCCCGGACCCAAUCAUGUUUACCGGUAUUCCAGCACUUGCUGCUGCACAGCGGCUUCAUGAGAGAGUAGACCCGGCUGAUAUCCCCCCCCCGACUCCUAUCGCGUUCCCACGGUACCAGCCUUUUGCACAGGACGAUGCUCCUGUUGAACUCUCAGAGUCUCUCUCGACCCUGCUCUCGACAACGGGCAGGCGACCGGCAAGGCUUGCGUCCACUGCGCUCGCAGCCAUUGGGCUCGACCUCAAAGCCGACGUAGAUGUGCAGCAGCUCAUUCCUGACCCGUCAAUCAUCCCCGACUUUGCCAAAUGGGAUCAAAUGACGCUAGAGCAGUCCCAAGAUGCAAACCAAAGCACUUGUCGACCCUUGUGCCACGGCAAACUCUCACCUGGCUGUCAUGUCUACCUUGAGAGAAAAAUCGAGCUGUCAUACUCAAAUGAGGACGCCUUUCGCACCAUAAGGCGUGUACACUUGCCAAUGGGCAAGCUGCCACCACGCCUUGGAAGUGCAUAUGAGUUCUUUCGUCGUCUAGAACAGCUGACGACAUAUUGGGAUGACCCGACCAAAGUCGCUAGUCUCCCGCCCUCCCCGGAAAUAUUCGCCGACGAUGCUGCCGCGGAGCCUUCUGAGCGGCCCUCAAAUCCCCCCCCCGAGGCCGCUGCGGAACUUGGGCGCACACAAGCCGGCCACCAGAUGCCUGCCGCUCUGCGCCAUAUGCUUGUAGCAACCUUUGUCAAACUGGUCGCCUACGAUUUCGGCUGUAGCGUCAACCCCUCGAGAACAGAACCUCGCUUGCACCUCCGUUCACCCCGCGACAGCCUUGCGUCGCAGCGCAAGUCGUACUGCCCGUCCCGUUGCCAGUUCAUUUUCCAGAACCCACAAUCACGAGAAGCAUCUCGCAACGGCUUCACUUAUGGGCCCGUCGCUGCCAUCAGCUGUCGUGCAGAUACCAAUUUCAUGUUUCCAGAUCUCGAGUCUGCGCAGUCUAUGGACUUGGCAAGGGAAGUCAUCGCAGCCCUCCUCACUGCCCAACAUCGUGCUCGCGAAGGCAAGGAAGAGGAACGAUUUGGCUACGGCGCUUGGUGGACGACUAGACCUCGCUGGGGUGGCGGGCGCGGCGGUCCCAUUGGUCGUGAGGUCCAAAACGACGACAUCGCAGGGGACAAGGAUCUACCCCUAGACGCGGGAGUAGACGCGGGAGUAGACGCGGGAGAUGAUGUACCCACGCCUGGACCGCCAGUUAAGAAGCUGCGAAAGAACCUGGCAAUGUAUGACAAUUACCGUAUGGUUCGCCCCCCCGCAGCGACUUGGGACCGCAAAGUCAAGUACAUGUCUAUAGGCAAGCAAGCAGGCACAGACUACGAUGACAUAUUUCUCAUCAGCAGCUUGUUUCACCACGUUUCCUUCCUCCGCAUGCGCGUGCCCCUGCGUCUGCUCGAAGUGCUAGACGGUGCUCCGGAGACAGACCCGACGCACCGGGACUGGGGCAAAGUGCAAGCCUGGCGCACGCCGUGGUAUGAUCUGUUCGAAGCGAAAGACAGAAUCGAGGCGAUGCGGCUUCUCUGGAGCGUCAUGGCCUACCAGAUGCGAGCAGACACUGGCGCAGCCCAAGCAUAA